AUGUUCGCUAAAUUGUUGUUAGUUUCCUUCGUGUGUGUUUCUGUGGUAUGUGAAUAUAGGAAUAGUGGCAAAAGGAGAGCAAGAUUGUUUACUUUUAACACUUUGGACCAUGAUAUUGUGGUCAGUAUGGAAUUUUCUAUACCAUUUUUGACCAUUCCUGUGAAAAAGACCAUGGACGACGGAUUGGGGCUUUCAUCAUUAGGUCUACCGCCAGUAAACAUAAAUCCUGGUGCCUUAGCUUUGGGUGGUGCUAUAGUUCUUGGGACAACGAUCAUCAUACCAUUAAUUCUUAAGAAAUUUGCUUACCAAUAUCCUGAGCAAAGAUACUCCAAACUACUCAACACUGCUGGAUUUGAAGCUGAUGUGCUGUUGGAGUUCGUCAAUGAAGUUGUGGAGAACAAAAGCUUCCAGAGUUGCGCCCUGAGAAUAGCCUGCUGGAGCGGCCAGAGCGGGCAAUACGUCGAAUUUAUUAAAAUGUGGGAUCAAAUCACGAGCAACAAAAUAAUAUCAAGUAUGAUAAACGCAACUGCAGUGGAAGACGCUAUGGUACAGGGAAGGAAAGGUCUAGAUUGCUUGACCUAUACACCCUGCCCUUUACGAAGAAACCAUCUCCAAGAGAUAAUGAAAAACAUUGCUUUCUUUAUGAAAUCUCAUGAUUUAUUUUGAAUACAAAUAAAUUAGGUUACAUAAAUAAUCUUAAUUAAGAACAAAUUUCAAACAACAGUUCUAGCACUUGGUGAAAUCAUUUGACUGAA